CUCCAGAGCCUGCCUCCCUCCCCCGUGUACAUUAUCUGUCUGCUUGUCAUCACCGGGCACCCCGAGAUCAUGGGGAGACUAGUGGCUCUGGCCCUGCUAGGGGCCAGCUUGGCCUUCAUCGGGGAGAGGAUCUUAUCCUUGAGAGGAAAAAUGAAUGCUGUGUCUCGAGAAGUGACAUCUGUGGAACUUCAGAACUGCCAGCUUAUUGAGGGACUUGAAAAUGGCUCUGAAGAUAUUGACAUACUUCCUAGUGGGCUGGCUUUUAUCUCCACUGGACUAAAAUAUCCAGGAAUGCCAUCCUUUGCACCAGAUGAACCUGGACAAAUCUUCCUGAUGGAUCUUAAUGAGCAAAAUCCAAAGCCACAUGCAUUAAAAUUCAGUGAUGGUUUUGACAAAGAAAUAUUUAACCCACAUGGGAUCAGUACUUUCAUCGACAAAGACCAUACAGUGUAUCUUUAUGUUGUGAAUCAUCCCCACAUGAAAUCCACUGUGGAGAUAUUUAAAUUUGAUGACAAACAGCGUUCUCUCAUACACUGGAAAACCAUAACUCAUGAACUUCUCAAGAGUGUGAAUGACAUUGUGGCUAUUGGACUAGAAGAAUUCUAUGCUACAAGAGACCAUUAUUUUACCAGCUUCCCCAUGACAUUCAUUGAGAUCAUCUUGGAACUUCGCUGGACUUACGUUCUUUUCUACAGCCCAAGAGAGAUCAAAGUGGUAGCCACAGGGUUUAAGUCUGCCAACGGGAUCACAGUCUCACAGAACCAGAAGUAUGUUUAUGUAGCUGAUGUAUCUGAUGCCGCCAUUCACAUAAUGGAAAUACAAGAUAACUGGAAUUUAACUCAACUGAAGAGGAUACAAUUGGGCACCUUACCAGAUAACUUGAAUGUCGAUCCUGCUACGGGAGAUAUCUUGGCAGGAUGCCAUCCAAAUGGCAUGAAAAUUUUGUUCUAUAACCCUGAGGAUCCUCCAGGGUCAGAAGUACUGCGCAUCCAGAACGUAUUGUCUGAUAAGCCCACAGUGAACACAGUGUAUGCCAAUAAUGGCUCUGUGCUUCAAGGCAGCUCAGUGGCUUCUGUGUACCAUGAGAAAAUGCUCAUUGGCAGUGUGUUCCACAAAGCCCUCUACUGUGUGCCGUAGAUGUAAGACAUUCCAAAAGUCUAUGUACUUGGUAAAUGCAAACUUGUAAUUGUUUGAUAAGUGAAAGUUCAGACAAGUAAUAAAUAAAAAUAAAAAUGUGUCAGGUUUUUCUUAUGGCUAGAAGUAAAGGAGCAAAGAGGUUACACAAUACCUACAAAAUUACAGGUCAAGUUAGUGAUUGUCAAUGAUCCCCAAUACUUUUCCUACUUCAGAUGUGUCUGGGCUGUGGACCCUGGAUUUUCAGCUCACCUAGAACCUGUAGCAAAACCUAGAACUAAGUAACAAAGCUUGUUUCCUCUGUGUUCCACAACCAGACUGGGGUGGGGAGGGGGAGGAGAAGCUAAUGUUCAAAUAUUUAAAAUUCAUAGUCUCCUCAGCCAAUUGUGUGGGGGUACCAACUGCUAACCAUAUAUCCCUGUCUGCAACAAAAGGAAGAUUUAACAUCACAAGACUACUUAAAUCUAUCCUUGAGCUUGCAUUCUCCCCAAGUAUAGCCACGCAGGUUCUGGAGUAUCAAAGAGACGAGCCUGGUCAGUUACCAUUGGGUAGGGAAAAUGAAUGUGUUUAUUUGUGAUAAGCCUUUAUUGGUAUCAGUACUCGUAUCUUGGGUUAUCUUGGCUCUGAAUCAUGAGAUAGAGUCUCAGGGCAGUGAUCUUCUACUGUUUUCAGCUUGUCCUACUGGUUAGUUCAAUAAACAGUUAUUAUGCAACACCUGA